GCCACAAUUUGAUCUUGGGGACUGAAGCGGAACACUGGAAGUCGUGCAUCUUUUCCUCAGCCGGCAUGUAAAUAUUACUUCACCGCGCGUUGUAUUCAAACGCAAUCUCUUAUUUAUUCUAAAAGGCGGUACAUUUAUUCGCUGCGUGCAUCGCUCCGAAGGUACCAUUAAUAACAUAUUAGUUGUGUAGUGGAUUUCACUGUGUGUCCUGAUGAAACGGUGAAAUGCUGCCCAUGGGUCCAGAUUUGCGACUUCUCGGGCUUUUGUCCUGUUUUAUUUUACUUUUUCAAUUCACGAAUGCAAAGAGGGAUUUAAAAAGCUCCUGUGUUACCUGCCAGCAGAUUACUGACAACUUCCGAAAGGGCUAUGAGAGAACUGAAAAGCAAAAUUUUGGUGGUGGCAACACAGCCUGGGAGGAAAGGGCAUUGUCUAAAUAUGAGACAAGUGAGAUCCGACUGAUGGAGAUAAUUGAGGGUCUGUGUGACAGCAGCAGCUUCGAGUGCAACAAGAUGCUGGAAGAACACGAGGAAUUGUUAGAGACAUGGUGGUUUAAAAGGAAAACAAAGCAUCCCGUUUUGCAUACAUGGUUCUGCAUCGACACCCUCAAAGUGUGCUGUCCAAAAGGCACAUUUGGACCUGACUGCAACGCUUGUGUGGGAGGUUCCGAGAAACCCUGCAACGGGAACGGCAAAUGUGACGGCGACGGAACCCGAGGAGGGGACGGCAAGUGCUUAUGCGACAUGGAGUACAAGGGCGAAUUCUGCCUGGACUGCAUCGACGGCUACUUCCACCAAUUGCGCAACGACUCCUUCUCCCUGUGCACAAAAUGCCACCCCUCCUGCAAGACCUGCAGCGAGGCAACCAAUCAGGACUGCGACGAGUGCGAGGAUGGCUGGGAGGAGGACGAGCAGGAAGCCUGCAUUGAUGUGGACGAGUGCUCCAAAGACUCCCCGCCAUGUCAAGAAAACCAAUACUGCAUCAACACGGAAGGCUCUUACUCCUGCAAAGGUUGCGAUAAAGCGUGCACGGGAUGCGCUGGAGCCGGUGCGGGCAUGUGCAAAGCGUGCGCUGGUGGAUACCAGGACUCUGAGGACACCUGCACAGAUAUCGACGAGUGUUCCCAAGCCGAGCCGAUGUGCACUAAGGAGCACCAGCAGUGUGUCAAUAGCGAAGGCAGCUACAAGUGUCUCUGCUCAGCCGGCUACGAGGACCAGGAAGGCGAGUGCGUCCAAAAGCCACAAGAAGUACAAGAAGAGGAGGCGGGAGAAUCCGAGAGUCCUCACGCGGAGCUGUGAUGAAGAUCUUUUCGACGCUGGCUCAUUUUAAAAAGAUUGGGGGGAAAAAAAAAACUUUGAAAACUUCAACAGUCGCCAGUCAGUGUUUUCUACUUUGUGGACCAAGGAGGAGUCAUUGACAUUUUAUGCUGUCGUUUUUGCACUGCUCAAUGUGUCCUGAUUUGUCAUCUUCUUUUAAAGUACUUAAAUGUGUUACAAAUAAAGACGUGAUCGAAAUCCA